AUGGCCACUGGAGUGAUCAGAAACCUCUCUGAAUUCAAACUUCCCUCGACCUUCCAACUCCCCUUUCUACAUUCUACUUUACACCAUAACAUUGACUUCCAGGAUACCUCAGAGGAAGAAGAUGAAUUGCUGGAAGAGGAGGAAAUUGAGGAGCUAGCAGAAGACAGUCCAGAAUCGUUCACGGAAAGCGAUGACCAUCAUGCUUUGCCUGAAGAACACGAUACUGAAAUGACAUUACAGCUGCUAAAGUUUUCUGAGUUAAUUAGCUCUGACAUUCAAAGAUAUUUUGGUCAGAAAACUAAGGAAGAAGAUCCAGACUCAUGUAAUAUUUACGAGGAUUAUUAUAUGCCUCGUCUCUCAGGACAAGAGAUGUACUAUCAAGAUCUGGUAAAGAUGGCACAAAGCAGAAACCAUGAUAAAGACGACGCCUUCAAUCCUCUCACACCUCCGAUAGAACUGGACCAUAAGAUUCUGAGAACCAUCAGCAGCAAGGAAGACCCUAAGAAACUGGGGCCUUUGACAGAGCUGUUUGAUUUUGGACUCCGUAAAUACAUGAGGCAGAAGGUGGCAGCAAGCAAAGAUUGCAGAGCGCAGAGACUAGAUAAGAAAUACGCUCACAUCGUCCCUAUGCAUCGGCGGAUGUUACCCACAUCUUUCUGGAGGGAACCUUCCCCAGCCCCCAUGUGCAUCCUCAACACAAACACACCAGACUUCAGUGAUCUCCUUGAAAACUGGACCUCCGACACCAGUCAUGAACUGCAGAAUGCCAGCAGAGACAUUAUGGGGGAAUUUAGCAGAUAG